ACGUUCGAUACUGUGCGUAUCCCUCUCGCUAAGACUACUACUACUUUACUUUAGUUGAGAGCUGAGUUUGAGAGCGACCAUGUCAAGCGGAGAGAUAUUGGUUAGUGAAGCAGACGGGAACGGCGGAAUAAUGGCUCAACCGAAGAACCUGGAGGGCUAUGUGGGAUUUGCAAAUCUUCCCAACCAAGUUUACAGAAAAUCUGUGAAGAGAGGUUUUGAGUUCACACUCAUGGUUGUGGGGGAAUCUGGGCUCGGGAAGUCGACGCUGAUCAACUCGCUCUUUCUGACGGACCUGUACUCCCCUGAAUACCCGGGUCCUUCGCAUAGAAUCAAGAAGACUGUACAGGUGGAGCAGUCGAAGGUUCUGGUAAAGGAAGGCGGCGUGCACCUGCUGCUCACCAUCGUUGACACGCCCGGCUUCGGUGAUGCAGUUGACAACAGUAACUGCUGGCAGCCAGUCAUCGACUACAUCGACAGUAAGUUUGAGGAUUACCUCAACGCCGAGUCCCGAGUCAACAGACGGCAGAUGCCGGACAGCAGAGUGCAGUGCUGCCUCUAUUUCAUCGCUCCGUCCGGACACGGACUGAAGCCCCUCGAUAUCGAGUUUAUGAAGAGGUUGCAUGAAAAGGUGAACAUCAUCCCCCUCAUCGCCAAAGCCGACACGAUGACUCCUGAGGAGUGUCAACAGUUCAAGAACCAGAUCAUGAAAGAAAUCCAGGAGCACAAAAUAAAAAUCUACGAGUUCCCGGAGACGGAGGAUGAAGAGGAGAUGAAGCUGGUCCGGAGAAUCAAGGAUCGUUUACCCCUCGCUGUCGUCGGCAGCAACACCAUCAUCGAGGUCAACGGGAAGCGAGUGCGCGGCAGGCAAUACCCCUGGGGGGUGGCUGAAGUGGAGAACGGGGAGCACUGUGACUUCACGAUCCUCCGGAACAUGCUCAUCAGGACUCACAUGCAGGACCUGAAGGAUGUGACGAACAACGUUCACUAUGAGAACUACCGCAGCAGGAAACUGGCCGCGGUCACCUACAACGGCAUGGACAACAACAAGAACAAGGGACAGCUCACCAAGCAUGAGACGGCGGAUGGCAUGAGUCCUCUCGCUCAGAUGGAGGAGGAGCGGCGGGACCACGUGUCCAAGAUGAAGAAGAUGGAACAAGAAAUGGAACAAGUGUUUGAGAUGAAGGUGAAGGAGAAGCUGAUGAAGCUCCGAGACUCUGAGGCCGAGCUCCAGAGGCGUCAUGAGCAGAUGAAAAAGAACCUGGAGGCCCAGCACAGAGAACUGGAGGAGAGACGUCGGCAGCACGACGAGGAGAAGGCGGGCUGGGAGGCGCAGCAGAGGAUCCUGGAGCAGCAGAAACUAGACGCCUCCAGGACCUUGGAGAAGAACAAAAAGAAGAAGAUAUUUUAAUAACUCUGGAGGACCUUUCUGAUGUUACAGUGUAUUAUUUUUGCCAACCUGCCAGCGCUGAUUCACAGAGCAUCUGUCAAUCAACUACAUCCGCCGUGUUGACAUAUUACUGUGCAAUGAGAAGUGAAGCCAGGGGGCAGUAGCGUGUUCCUCCUUACACACUCUUAUUAUCAGCCCUGCACUGCCAACACACACACGUAGACUCAUAGACAACACACCCGGUGUUCCUUCAUGACAAACGGGAGCAACGUUCAGUCUUUCUUUCUUCUCCUUCUCCUUUGGGAACGUUGGACGCCGCACGGCUCGGUGCUGCGUCCUUUUUAAUGCCAAAAACCAAACGGAGGUCGGCCUUCCACUCCCUGCACACAGGUAGCGUCAGGCUGAAGCUCAGGCUCUGUGUUUUUAUAUAUAUAUAUAUAUAUGUAUCUCUCGGUUCACUUCUUUAGAUAUCACAUUUUAUUUCCUCCGUGGUAUCCUCUUCCAUGUCCUGUGAUGUACAUUGUAUAACCAUGAAUUGCAGUGUUUAACAUUUUCUUAUUGCUGAUGUUGUUCCUUCUGUGUUGACCCUGCUAGAGGAACUGUUUCGUUUAGUUUCCAGUAUCAUAGCCGGUGUUUUCCAGCCAAACAUGUAUUCCUGACUUCACUCAUGCUGAGUGUAACAAUGUCCAGAAACUGCUCAUGAAGUGCUUUUUACGUGAGUUUAUUCUCAACUUCUUGCAGAUUCUGUUUUAAAUUUCCAGCAGAGUGGGAUGUUUCCCGGGGCGGGAUGUGGAAAGCUUGUGUGGAUCAACAUCUGCACCAAACUGGCUUCUUUACACAUUCUGUUUGUGUUCUGCAUCUGUAUUUUGUAAUGUCUUGUUUUUAUUGUUAAGUCACAUAAUAAAAUUGUGAUGGGGAAAAAAAA